AUGUUAUUCAAUCUCCUACAAUUCGUGGCCCUCACGACUACAGGUGUGAUCAAGCAUAAGCCAGAUCCCAAUGAGAUUUUCUCCUGUGGUAUUUCUUCUCCCCGUUUUGAAAACGGUACCAAAGCGAUCAGCUGGGCGCAGUAUUUACAUGAGACUGAGGUGGAUCCUGGUCAAAACGGCCAAGGCGCCACUGAUAUGUUUGCUGGCCCUGUUGGUAAAGCUCCGGUGAGAUGGCCUCGUGACUUGGAAAACAAGGUCGUUAUCCUUUACUACUACGACACGGAGGAGGAUCGCGAGGUUGCCUUGCCGGUCAUAAGAGUUGCUAUAGACACGUGGAUGUCGUGA